AUGAUCGAUGACUGUCAAAUCAAAGAGAUAGAUCUGAGACUUGGGCUAUCAAUUAAUUUUCAGUCCGCCGCAGUUACGAUGGCUGAUCAAGAAUCAGCGUUGAUUUGCUUUGAAAACCAAAGUUUCAAGAAAUGCGAAGAGUUCAAUGGCAGCGACGUUGUGUCAAGACCCUCAACAACCUAUUCUCACGACAGUGCUUGUAUGGGAAUUCACGAAAGGAAUUCGGUAGUUGUUGGCUCUUUUGAGGAAGAAGGCGCCAAUAAAGUAGAAAAAUUCAAUGGAACAAGUUGGACAAAACUUCCCGAUCACCCGAAGGCAUUAAAUGGUCAUUCUUGCAUCGGAGUUGAAGCUGGCAUGCUUGUUCUUGGCGGCUUUGACAAUGAUGAAGACAGUUAUAAUGUGGAAGUCUUUUUGCUGAGGGAUGCGAUGUGGACUAUUGUUGGGCAGCUGAAUAAAUUCCAUUGGUUCUCCUCUCCACUCAAAAUUGGCAAAUUUAUAUAUCUCGUUAGUGGCUAUGAACAACCCUUUCCUGUGGAAGAGCUUCAGUGGAAUGGAACUGAAGUAACGAACGCUAAGGUUAUUGGCAACAAUUGUUGUCCCACCAACAGACCGAUCAUCUUUCAAGUUGAUGAGUUUUACUGCUUCGACACUGCGAAAUAA